CAGCGAGGCCGCGCGGCGCUCCGCCCCGUGACGUCAUCGCGACAUGGCGGCCGCCGGGAAGGCGCAGCGCUACGAGGCCUUCGUCAGCGACGUGCUGCAGCGCGACCUGCAGCGGGUCCUGGCCCAGCGCGACGCCCUCUACGAGCAGCUCGCGGAGCUGCUGCAGCUGCGGGCGGCCCUGGAGCGGCUCCAGGUGGGCGGGGCCCCCCUGCGCACCCAGGUCGAUCUCGGCUGCAACUUCUACGUGGGAGCCGAAGUCUCCGACCCCUCCCGGAUCUUCCUGGCUUUGGGCUACGGGUUCUUCGCGGAGCUGACGCUGCCCGAGGCCCUGCGGCACCUCGAGCGCCGGAGCCGCCUGCUCACCCGCCUCAGCGACUCCCUGACCCGGGACAGCGCCAAGAUCAAAGCCAACAUCCGCCUGGUGCUGGAGGUGCGCCCGGACGCCUGGGCCCUCCCCGGACACCUGGGCCCCUCUUCCA